UGACGUGGUAUUUGGGAGACCGGCGUUAGACGUCAACCGGGAGUUUGUUUACAUCUGAUGCUGCACAAGUGUCCGAUUAGGAAAGGAGAGAUGACAUUGCAUUCACCCUUUUAAGUUUCCCUUCCGCCAAAUUUCAAACAGAUCCUCAUAUUUAUUUACAUCUUUAGUGUUAUGACAUAGCUUAAUCGAGCGCCUAUCCCGGGUCAUCGGAGAAUUCACGUCUGCAUGGUAGUCCAAGAGUCAGUUAGGUAGUUCCACUGCACAACCAUGGGGCGGACACAAGCAAAGGCUAAUCAUGCAAUGUCGAGUCCAGUUGGAGUCAAAAGUCUCCUGGUGUUCACGGUGCUUCUCCUGGCAUGGAUGGCCGGUUUUCUUUCAAGACUCUUCGCUGUUAUACGUUUCGAGAGCAUCAUCCAUGAGUUUGAUCCAUGGUUCAAUUAUAGAGCUACUGCACAUAUGGUCAAAAAUGGCUAUUACAAUUUCCUCAACUGGUUUGAUGAGCGAGCUUGGUACCCACUUGGCAGAAUAGUUGGGGGCACUGUAUACCCUGGGCUUAUGGUCACCUCUGGAAGUAUUCAUUAUGUUCUCAACCUUCUCAACAUCCCAGUACAUAUUCGUGAUAUAUGUGUCUUCUUAGCACCAAUAUUCAGUGGUCUGACAGCAAUUGCCACAUAUUUCUUAACCAAAGAGAUAUGGUCUGCAGGAGCUGGUCUGUUUGCAGCUUGCUUUAUUGCUGUUGUACCUGGUUAUAUUAGUCGAUCAGUUGCUGGAAGUUAUGACAAUGAAGGCAUUGCUAUAUUUGCACUUAUGUUUACAUAUUUCUUGUGGGUGAAGUCUGUGAAGACAGGAAGUCUUUUCUGGGCAACAAUGGCAUCAUUGUCAUACUUCUACAUGGUAAGUGCAUGGGGUGGAUAUGUGUACAUCAUCAACCUCAUACCCCUGCACAUAUUUACCUUAUUGCUCAUGGGACGUUUCUCUCACCGUGUCUACACUGCUUAUACUACCUUCUACAUUUUGGGGCUCAUAUGCUCCAUGCAAAUUCCUUUUGUAGGCUUCCAGCCCAUCAGGACAUCAGAACACAUGGCAGCAGCAGGUGUGUUUGCCCUUUUGAAUGCAGUUGCUGUGUUGAAAUAUCUUCAAAGUGUAAUGACACAAGCAGAAUUCAGGCACUUCUUCAUUGUUGCUGCGGGUACUGCUGCUGGUCUCGUCUUCCUUGUGGUUGUGGGUCUAACAUGGAUGGGAGUUGUUGCACCAUGGAGUGGCAGAUUCUACUCAUUAUGGGAUACAGGAUAUGCCAAAAUUCACAUUCCUAUUAUUGCAUCUGUGUCAGAGCAUCAACCUACCACAUGGUUCAGCUUUUUCUUUGACCUUCACAUUCUUGUUGCAACGUUCCCUGUUGGACUGUGGUAUUGCAUCAAGAAUAUAAAUGACGAAAGAGUAUUUAUUGUAUUAUUUGCGGUUAGUGCUGUCUACUUUGCUGGUGUUAUGGUGAGGCUGAUGUUAACACUCACUCCUGUUGUUUGUGUCCUGGGCGGCAUUGCCUUCUCUCAACUUUUUGAAGUUUAUCUCAAGGAAGAGGAACCUUCUCGCCCAAGUGUAGGAGAUUCAAGUGAUGAUGAUGAGGAUGGUGAGAAAAAUAACAGAUAUGAUAAAGCUGGGAAGCUGCGAAAAAUGAAACACGAACAACAGGCAACUAAUGAUGGCCUAGGUGUAAAUAUCAGGAGCAUGGUCAUAGUUGCUGUACUGAUGAUUCUUAUGAUGUUUUCCGUCCACUGCACCUGGGUCACUUCAAAUGCAUAUUCAUCACCAUCAAUAGUAUUAGCUUCUUAUGGCCAAGAUGGGAGCCGUCAGAUCCUUGAUGAUUUCCGUGAAGCAUACUACUGGCUGGCUCAGAAUACCGACGAUGAUGCACGUGUAAUGUCAUGGUGGGAUUAUGGCUAUCAAAUAGCUGGUAUGGCAAACAGAACUACCCUUGUUGAUAACAACACUUGGAAUAAUUCGCAUAUUGCUCUUGUUGGAAAAGCAAUGUCUUCUAAUGAAACUGCAGCUUAUGGCAUCAUGACUGCACUAGAUGUUGACUAUGUGCUUGUAAUAUUUGGUGGUGUCAUUGGCUAUUCAGGAGAUGACAUCAACAAAUUUCUGUGGAUGGUUAGAAUUGCUGAAGGAGAACAUCCAAAGGAGAUAAGAGAAAGUGAUUACUUCACAGACCGUGGGGAGUUCAGAGUAGAUUCGGAGGGUUCAUCAACUCUCUUGAACUGCCUCAUGUACAAGCUGUCCUAUUAUCGCUUUGGUGAACUUAAGCUGGACUUCAGAACACCUCCAGGCUUUGACAGAACGAGAAAUACAGUUAUUGGUAAUAAAGAUUUUAAGUUGACCUACCUAGAAGAAGCUUACACAACAGAACACUGGCUUGUUCGAAUUUAUAGAGUUAAAAAGCCUGAUGAGUUCAACCGACCUCGCAUUCCAAUAUCACAAAGGAAAGUCAGGAGGAGGAAUGUCUACAUCACAAAGAAGGAGCUAUAUAGCGAUCAUGAUACGAGCAAGAAGCGCCGUGGAACUAUCAAGAAUCGGCCAGUAGUAGUAAAGGGUCAUCGACCCAAAGCAAAGCCUACUUAGUGUUACCGUUUGUAGUUUUUUUUUAUUAUUAUUAUUGUUUUUGUUACUUCUAAUGAGCUUGUGAAAUUUGUUACAUUAUUUUGUUUUGUAAAUGUUUGAUUUUUGAAUCAGGGGUUUAGAUUUGUCUUCUUAAAAGUUCUUAAUAUAUGCAACCAGUAUAGGGAAAAUGAGUUGUAUUAUUCACCAAUAAAGGAGUUUGGUGAAA